ACCAAGAACUUGGACUUCCGCCGAAAGUGGGACAAAGAUGAGUACGAGAAGCUGGCGGAGAAGCGGCUCACGGAGGAGAGGGAGAAGAAAGAUGGCAAACCAGCUCAGCCCGUCAAAAGGGAACUUCUGCGGCACCGAGACUACAAAGUGGACCUGGAGUCAAAGCUGGGGAAAACCAUUGUCAUCACCAAAACCACCCCUCAGUCGGAGAUGGGAGGAUAUUACUGUAACGUCUGUGACUGCGUGGUGAAGGACUCCAUUAACUUCCUGGAUCACAUCAAUGGCAAAAAACACCAGAGAAAUCUGGGCAUGUCCAUGCGGGUGGAGCGCUCCACACUGGACCAGGUGAAGAAACGCUUCGAGGUGAACAAGAAGAAGAUGGAGGAGAAGCAGAAGGACUAUGACUUUGAAGAGAGGAUGAAGGAACUCCGGGAGGAGGAGGAGAAGGCCAAAGCCUACAAGAAGGAGAAGCAGCGAGAGAAGAAGAGGCGGGCAGAGGAGGAUUUGACCUUUGAAGAGGAUGAUGAAAUGGCAGCUGUGAUGGGUUUCUCUGGCUUCGGCUCAACCAAGAAGAAUCACUGAGCAGCUCCGAACUCUCCUCUCUCUUGCACCAGGUUGUUUUUACCCAGGGGACUCGGGAUAACCCUUCAAAGACUCGAUCGAGGACUUGCGUGUCCAUCUCCCCGUAGAAGUUAGCUGGAGGAGCCGAGAAGCUGCUCCCUGCUCCGUGUGCUGCAGAACGAGCUCCACCCCAUCAGCUUCCCGCCUCC